AUGAACCCCCAGGAGUCGGAGUUAGGCCAGGAACUGAGCGAGGACGUGGAAGCCGACUUGCCCCCUCCUCAACGCCGUCGCCACGACAACAACACUGCCACAAACAGCAGGCGACCCCGGCAGCCUAGCAACCAUAGUAGUGAAAACAACAACCACGCUGCUCCGCGCUACAGGAGUUAUAAUGAGGCCCCUGGUGCAGGUGGCAGCAGAAUCAGAGGAGCCCCACAGCGGAGGUCAACAGAGGAGCCAGAGGCAGAGCUGCACCAGGGGGCCCAGUCCCCUCCCCAGCAGCCCCAGCUUCAGCCCCAGCAGGCCCAGGGUCAGUCUCAGCCCAUCCCGCGACCUGCAGUGACACGUUACCGCAGACAGGAGGACAGUGAGGCCAGGCUCAGAGCACAGCAGCAGAGACGCACACAGAGACAGCAGAGAGAGGCUGAGAGGGCCCAGCAACAACAACCACCCCCACCAGGCCCACAGCCUGUUCACUCUCUACCCCCACAACCAGAUGAACCAGAGGAGCAACCACCUCCACCAUGCCCACAGCCUGUUCACUCUCUACCCCCACAACCAGAUGAGCCGGAGGAGCAACAACCUCCACCAGGCCCACAGCCUGUUCACUCUCUACCCCCACAACCAGAUGAACCGGAGGAGCAACCACCUCCACCAGGCCCACAGCCUGUUCACUCUCUACCCCCAAAAUCAGAUGAGCCGGAGGAGGAUAAGAGUGAACAGAGAGAUGAGAGAGAGAGGGAGAGAGAGGGUGAUGAUUAUGCAUUAGCUCGUUCUGCUAGCACGGAAAGCGGUUUCCACACACACACAGACCGGGCGGAGGGCGAUGCCGUCAUGGCACUAGAUCCUGAGGAGGAGGACGGAGGUACCUACGAGGUGACACUUCGCCCAGAGGCAGAGGGAUACACAGAGAGUGCUGAGUCAGAGCAACAACACCCUCACCCUCACCCCAACCUGAACCUCAACUACCCCCCUCAGCCCCCUCCCUUACCCCGGGAACCCCUACCAGAUGUUGGGAGACCCCCCAGUCAGGAGGAGGCAGAGGAGACCCUGAACCCUGGAGGAGGUUACUCCAACUACGUCUACACCCAGCCUCUCUACCGCCGUGGGGGAGGGGCCAGCAGACCAGGGGGGCGGGACAGCAGCGUGGAGGAAGGGGUGGAGCCAGAAGACGAGGCGUAUUCUGAAGCCUACGACUACUCCCUGACAGAACACGUCUACGAGGAGAUCGGCGAUGCUCCCUCUUCUGCCGCAAAGGCGGGGUUCCGUCUGUUUGAGGGGCGGGAAGGAGGCGGGGACUACCGACAGCAGGAGGCGGUGGGGUCACGGCUCCACCACUACGAUGAACGCUCGGACGGGGAGUCGGACAGCCCGGAGAAGGAGGCGGAGUUUGCUCCGUACCCACGGGCAGACAGUUGCGACCAGGACGGGGAAGAGGACAUCGACAUGAUCGUAGCCGAGGUCAGAGAGAGUCUCAGCUCUCAGAGUCUGGACAGAGCUGCUGCCGGGCUACGGGAGGGAGGAGAGGAAGAGGACAUGAUGGAAGGAGGAGAGGAAGAGGAGGGAGAGUGGCCCGAAUCCGAACACGCUCACAAUUCUCAAUCCGAUGCGCCCACAGACUCCACAUACCGGAAGGGAGAGAUAGAAGGAGAGGGAGAUGAGAGUGAAGAAGAGAGCUUCCCAGCCCCAGCAGACUCUGACGACUGGUCUGGGGUUCGUAACAGUCGUGAAAAGAGAGACGCCAUCUCCCUGGCCAUAAAGGACAUCAAGGAGGCCAUAGAAGAGGUGAAGACCAGGACGGUGAGGUCACCCUAUACCCCUGAUGAACCUAAAGAGCCCAUCUGGGUGAUGAGACAGGACCUGAGCCCCACCGCUGAGUGUUGUGACCUGCAGCCCUCACUAGGUGGCGACUCACCUUCUCCAGGCUCAGACUCUCAGGCCUCUCCUCAGGGUGCGGAGUCUUCCGUCCGGACGCCCAUGCUCGAGGGGAGUGACAGCUUCGAGUCUCCACCCCCCUCCACGAAAGAGUCCAGGAGAAGUCUCGCCUCCUUCCCUACCUAUGUGGACGUCCCAGGUCCGUGUGACCCAGAGGACCUGAUCGAUGGGAUCAUCUUUGCUGCUAACUACCUGGGCUCCACCCAGCUGCUGUCUGACAAGACGCCCUCCAAGAACGUCCGUAUGAUGCAGGCCCAGGAGGCCGUCAGCCACAUCAAGACGGCCCAGAAAUUAGCCCAAAACAAGAUGAAGACUCCAGAGGGUGAGGCCCAGCCCAUGACAGAGGUGGAUCUCUUCAUCUCCACCCAGAGGAUCAAAGUCCUCAACGCUGAUUCACAGGAGACCAUGAUGGAUCACACCCUGAGGACCAUCUCCUACAUCGCUGACAUCGGCAACAUCGUGGUUCUGAUGGCGAGACGCCGUAUGCCCCGCCCAGACUCAACGGACAGUGUGGAGGUGUCUGAACCUGACCAGGAGGAAAAACAAAGCCAGUACAAGAUGAUUUGUCACGUUUUUGAGUCGGAGGAU